CGUCCAUUCCAAGCACUUCGUACAGUGCUCUGCACACGACUCCACAUAUCGUUAGAGUGUCCGGACACCCCCAGUUUUGGCAAGAGAGGCUCACUUUCUUUUCUUCAGGAGACAAGGAUGCUGGUGACGUGGAACGCAUGAUCGGCUCCUGAAAGGCUUCUUGUUUAGCACCAAACGUCGUUAAACUCCCUGACUGGAUGACAACUAACUCUGGGACUUGGUUACUCGUUACUGGACCGGCACUCUUGCUGCAACAUCUCCUCUACUCCUCUCCGCCCUCCCCACAAGAAGCUAAUAACCUAUAGCUUAGCUGAGAGACAGAUCUGAAGUACCUAAGAGAGAUUUGUGGCCCACGGUAUGUUUGGAGCCAGCUGCAAGCCUGCUCUCCUCCUCUUCUGUUAUUAUACGGUGUCCCUGGCAGCAGACACCGAAGAAGGACAUUAUGUUGCCGCUGUCUACGAGCAUCGACCUAUCCUGAGUCUUAACCCUAAAGCUCUUACUGAUCGGCAGUCUGCACUGCGGCUGAUGAACCAGAACCUCGACAUAUAUGAAGAGCAGGUGGUAACGGCAGCAAGAGAGGGUGUGCAGAUUAUAGUUUUCCCUGAAGAUGGCAUUCACGGAUUCAACUUCACCAGGAAGUCCAUUUAUCCAUUCUUGGAUUUUAUUCCAUCUCUUCAGUCUGGGCAGUGGAAUCCAUGCCGAGAACCUCAUCUCUUCAGUGAUACAGAGAUUCUCCAGCGCCUCAGCUGCAUGGCUAUAAAGGGCAAGAUGUUCCUGGUGGCUAAUCUUGGCACUAAGCAGCCCUGUGAGCAAAGCGAUCGUAGAUGCCCACCUGAUGGGAGAUAUCACUUCAAUACCAAUGUCGUGUUCGAUGAAAAUGGCACGCUGGUGGCCAGCUAUCGCAAACAAAACCUUUACUAUGAAUAUGGUUUUGACACCCCUCUUGAAGUUGAUCAUGCUACAUUUGACACACCCUUUGCGGGCAGAUUUGGCAUUUUCACCUGUUUUGAUAUUCUCUUCUUUGAGCCUACGGUGAGUCUUCUCACAGAGUAUGAUGUGAAACAUGUCGCGUAUCCUACUGCGUGGAUGAACCAACUCCCACUUUUGGCUGCGAUAGAGAUUCAACAAGCUGUUGCGCUUGCUUUUAAUGUCAAUGUUUUGGCUGCUAAUAUCCACCUCCCUUCCCUGGGCAUAACUGGUAGCGGCAUCUAUACCCCUUUAAAGUCUUUCUGGUACCACGAUAUGGAAAGUCCCGAAGGCAAACUCGUGAUAGCUCGGAUCCCUGCGAAUACCCCAGGUCGGGGCCUGACGGCAAAUAACACGAAUACGACGGAAGGAGUGGGUCGAUCUGAUGGGAACUUUGGAAAAUCCCCAAGUGAAUGGUGUGAGAGGGAGGAUCAAACAGCCCACUGUAGCGAGGCCCACAAAUGGAGCAAGGAUACACCCACAUUUAUCUCUGAAAUGAUGUAUGACAAUUUCACUUUUGUUCCCCUCUGGGGAAAUGAAGGCAAUCUCCAGGUCUGUACCAACUCCCUCUGUUGUUAUUUAAACUACCAGAGACCCGUGUCUUCCGGUGAAUUAUAUGCUCUAGGGGCCUUUGAUGGUCUGCACACGGUACACGGCACUUACUAUGUCCAGGCAUGUACACUGGUAAAAUGUGGUGGCCCUAGUUUUGACACAUGUGGACAAGAGAUUCCCGAGGCUACUGAUGUGAUAGAUUUUCACUUGUGGGGCAAUUUCAGUUCUUCCUACGUGUUUCCUUUAUUGUUGACUUCGGGUAUGACCCUGGAAUUCCCUGACCAUCUGGGCUGGGACAACAGUUAUUGUUUUAUAAAGAAAAAUGGAUUGUCUUCCGGUUUGGUGACAGCGGCUCUGUAUGGACGCUGGUAUGAGAGGGACUAAUAAAAUACGAGGAGGCUGUUGGGCAGGCA